AUUCAGCAUUUAGUUUAUUGCUUAGCUCUCAACAGAAUGACUGAAAGCAGAAUCAAGGAACCCUGAGAUGAUUCUGUGAAAACGGAUUCAUUCAGAACCUUCUUUGAUGAUUCAGCAACGACAUGUCUUUUGGGCAGGUUCUUUUUACACCGGAGGGAGUCUAACAGAACCCGAUCCAGAUUUUAUUUCAUAUCACCACGUCUCAUCUGUCUUAGUCUGGAGAAUCUUUCUUCCAAGCCAAAGGAAGAUUUCAACAAUAGUUUGGUCCUUUUUCCAAUCUUGGCUCAGAUGUUCCGUACAUUCAGGGCUGGAGAACGUAUGAAGAACAUCUUUGGAACCUUUCGUUUUCUCUUCACUCUCUCUUUGGGCUCGUUACGCCUCCUCUGGUCCUCCCAUCCACUCCACUGUUGGUUUCCCGUAGCAACCGGCCUCUGGAAAGGUCUGUGCUGUGGUUGUCAUGGCAACGGGCUGCCGCAGCACUCUCGGCCAGAAUGGAGCCAAUCAGAGCAGACAGACACCAGCGUUUCCAUUUAUAGAGCCGAGCUGAUGGUGAUGGCAGGAGGAUGUAAACAACAACUAACCCCUGUAGUCCUGUCAGGUGGUUCUGUAAAAUAUUUCUGUAUUAUGACGAUGAGGAAGAUGAAGAUGUCGUUCAGGGUUAAAGGUCCGAUUCCUUUAACGAGGUAUAAAUAUAAAAAGCUUCUGCAGCGGCCCCAGGAGGUGGAGAGGUUUUGACCAAUUAUCAUAAACAGAAUCUGACAGAGUUGUGUUUUAACAACAGGACUGAACUGGACCACGUGAAACUGGAUCCGAACCGUUUAAUGAAGCUCUUUGUCAGGAACUGUGAUCUAAGGUUGGGCUUAGAUCACAGCAGGAGUUCUUCCUAACACAGAUCAGUAAAACUGGAACAUCUAAGUGGCCUUCACCCAGUUUGUCUGUCUGGUUCCCAGUGUUUGGAUGGACAGUUUGGGAGGGGCGGGCAACCAAACUCCAGAUUAUUACUGACAACUGAAACUUGAUAUUUUUCUAACAUAAGUAAUUAUCUUUGAACUUUAGAACAUAGCCAUUGAUUUCAUUUUGCUCCACCUGUGGAAACAAAUAUGCUCCUUUAAAGACUGAUGUAGAAAAAUCAUUUGUUCUGAAUGCCAUGAUUAACAUCAGUCACAUUGUGAAUGAUUUUUGACAUCUUAACCUCCUAAAUGCAUCUUAAAGUGUGUUUUAAAAUAAAAACAAGAAAAAACCUUUUUUACAGCGAUUUAUGCAAAUUUAUCCAAGCCUGAAAAUGUCACGAAUUUGCCUCACAUAGCUUCUAACUUUUUCUCCAAUUAUUAAAUACAAUGAGAAUAAAUGAUGACAUCCUACAGCAACCUGUGUGUUCAUACUAACACCUUUGAUCAGAUUUAUUAUUCAUUUUAACAAUGCUAAGAAAUGUAGGUUAUUUAAACAAUCAAAAAGACUUUUCAAACAUGUUACUAGAAAAUCUGAACACAGCCUAUCUAUUGCCUGGAUAAUAGUCUUCAAGUGGAGGAUGUUCAAAACAUCUGCCAGCAGGUCCAGGUCUGAUUGUCAAAGCAAGUUCACCCUGAGAGCAGAUGGCAAGAUGCUCAAAGAAGACUCCAAAAACCAUAACAUGUCAUCAUAACACCUACAGCAGGUUCUUGCUACUGUUUAUAUGAAUGUCCACAUCUGACCAAUCAGAAACAGAAUGAACAGGUUUAACUUUCCUGUGAAGAAACCUUUGGUCUCUAAAAAGAACAUGAAGGUCAGCCUGAAGUUUGUCAGACAGAACGUAGACACAGACCAGAACUUCUGGAAUAAAGUUCUUUGGAAACCAGAACAGAGGACAUGUUUGGGUUAAACCAAGCUCAGCUUUACAGCAAAAGAACCUCACAACAGCUGUGAAGCAUGGUGGUGGAAGUCUCAUGGUUUGGAGUUGCUUUGCUGUAGCUGAACCUCACCAUCAUUAAUCCAUCAGAGGUUUAAGGAAAAUAUGAGAUCAUCUGUAAAAAGAUGAAAGCUGAACCAGAACUGGACCCAAAACAUGUUUAAGGGCAUCAUCAAUCACCUUCGUUUCCAAGGAAAAACAUUGAUGUGUGAAUAUUUAACAUAGAAUUGAAUAUUUAGUGAGGUGUCCUAACUUUUUCACAUGGCUUUACCUGUUAAGACAGAGAACAGGUGAGAAUCAAAUAGAUGUGAACAUCCUGUGAUGUCACAGUUGAUAAACCUGCUAAGUGACUCCUGUUGUUAUCUGAGAACAUUUCUCCAGUUUCUUUAGAUGUUCCUGUUUCCUAAAAACAAGUCUGAACAUGUUGGAGCUGUGAUCCCGCUCCAGGUUCUUGUAUGGGUCCCGCUCCAGGUUCAACCCCUAAAAGAAAACAAAGUCUGGCCCCCUGUGGAGGUCUGAAAUCAGUCUCUUAUAGUAUUAAAGAGAGAGUUAAAAUUGCAGAGCACAUCUAGGACCCAAAUGGGUCACACUGGUUCUGUAUUAAACUGUUAAAGGCAGUUAACGUGGUGAUAAUGAACCCUGAGACCCAUCUGGACCCAUCUGGAAAUGUUGACGUUAAAGUGAUGAACUCUGAACACAAACCUAUUAAGUUUUUACUGAACUCAGGUAGGUUCUGAUUCGGCGUGUUUGGACGGAACCAUUUUGUGUUUUUAUUAUAAAUUUAAUUACAUCUCGGAUAAUUAAUAAAAACGCCCUAAAACGGUUUAAAUCCAACUUUUUCUCAUCAGUUUAUAUGUUUUUUAUUUUCUCCUCAGGGGUCCCUUUUUUUCUGCCCGGGGCCCCAGAAACCCCUCAGCCCGCCCUCCUCCUCCUCCUCUUCAUCAGCUUCAUCCUGAAGACGGACAGCCAUGAUGUCUGCCGCCUCCUCUUCCUCUUCCUGCUAAAAAACCUCCGGGAUGAAACUCUUCUUCCUCCUGCUGAUCCGAAUUCUGUAACGGAAAAGGAACCCCACCGAACCUAGGCCGGAUCGUCGGUUCGGUUCCGUCCAGCAGCAGCAGCAGCAGAUGUUCAGACUUCCUCGCUGAGGCUGCGACACGGCUUGUUUACGUGUGUGAUCAGGAUGAAGAUCCAGAUUUUCAGGAGGAAGAACAACGUGAGGAAGCUCCAGUGAUGCCGAACACCUCAUCUCUGACGCUGCGUUAUAGAAAUGGUGUAUGCUCAGUCAACAAACAGAGUUGGUGUAAAUCCCUCCCUCUACUCUCCAUUCUUCAUGCAUCAGAUGUCAUUUAACUACUCCAAAAGAGAAAACUCAACUGUCCUGGCCACCUCACCCACCACUCCACUCUACAGCCUCGAGGUCUCGACCUUCAGCCAGCCCAACGCCACCUCUGCCUCCAGUGAGCUGACCCCAGGCGAGGUUGCUGUCCUGGGCCUGUUGUUUGGGGUCCUCUGGCUGGUCUCCAUUUUCGGAAAUGCUCUUGUUUGCUUGGUCAUCCACAGGAGCCGACGGACUCAGUCCACAACCAACUACUUUGUGGUGUCCAUGGCCUGUGCAGACCUGCUCAUGAGCCUCGGUUGGGCUCCAUUUGUCCUUCUGCAGGUUGCGGCAGGACAAUGGCCACUGAGUACAGCAGCCUGUAAGGUUGUACGUUAUCUGCAGCACCUAUGCCCAGGUGUUCAGGUUUAUGUCCUGCUGUCUAUCUCUGUGGACCGUUUCUAUACCAUUGUCUAUCCCCUGAGCUUCAAGGUUUCCAGAGAAAAGGCAAAGAAGAUGAUUCUGGCCUCAUGGUUGUUUGAUGCAGCCUUUAUCGCUCCCUGUUUCUUAUUUUUUGGAUCUGCAGACAGUCAUUGUGAUUUUUUCCUCCCAGACAGUUGGGGCAGUAUAACUUAUGCUGCAGUUCACCUUGUGGUUGGUUUCCUGCUCCCAGUUGGACUAAUAGUUUCCUUCUACCAGCGGGUGGUCCGCUACAUCUGGAGGAUUGGUGCUGACGGCCAUACGGUGCGUCGGACAAUGAACAUUGUCCCACGGACUAAAGUUAAGACCAUCAAGAUGUUCCUCAUGCUGAACUCAGUUUUCUUCCUCACCUGGACACCCUUCUAUGUGGCCCAGUUGUGGCAUCCCAAGGAGGCUGAUGUACCUGGUAGGCAAGAACUACUGUUCUUCACAACCAUCACCUGGAUCUGCUUCAGCUCCACAGCAUCCAAACCCACCCUGUACUCCGUCUACAAUGCAAACUUCAGGCGUGGCAUGCGGGAAACCUUCUGCAUGUCGUCCAUGAAAUGCUAUCGCAGUAAUGCUUACACCAUCACCGCCAGCUCAAGGGUGGCCAAGAAGAACUAUGUUGGGGUGGUGGAAAUCCCGGUCCAAGCAAAGACCAUCAAUAAGGACUCUGUGUACGAUGCAUUUGACCGGGAGACUAAGGAAAAGAAGGUAGCCUGGCCCACCAACACCAAUCCCCCUAACACCUUCGUAUGAACUAGUUUGGACAGUUAGAAACAACCCCAGGGCAGUGUUGGUUGGUGGGCCCAGAACGUGUUUGUUUUGUAUAAAGGGCUUCUUUCUGAUGGGACCAUCCUGCUGGCAGCAAUUCUUUUAUACGUUACAUCUCAGAAACGUUUUCAUGUUGCUUCAAUGCAGACAAUGAACAUCAACAACAGUUGCUUCUGUAAUGUCCGUGCUAGAAGCUAAUGUUAGUAAAGACCGAUGUAUUACCGCUGACCUCAUGUGCUUUGUUGCUAAAAUAGAUGCUAACAGAACCAUGAAGCUGGCUCCGAUUACCUCAUUAACUGGACCAAAGCUGAAAGGUUUUAUUGUGUAACUGUCAGCCGGUUGGAAGAUAUUAAAUGGAUGUAGUGUGGUCUGUA